AUGGAAGAUGAUUACAUUCUUGCAUCAUUUCUCCAUCCAAAAUUUAAACAACUAAUAGCAGCAACAGCAGCUCAAAAGGCUGAGUGUUAUCGAGCCUGUCGAGUAUCGAUGCCAAAAACAACUGGCAUGACAACAACUGAUGAUGAAAAUGAACCAAUUAGAAAAAAACCAAAAAAGUUUCUGGAACAGCUAAUGGAUAGUGAAAUAAAAAAAACUAAAUGUACAGAAACAGCACGAGAUGAGGUCGAUCUUUAUAUCGAUUUCAAGAUUAUUGAAGAAAAAGAUUAUGACAAUCCAUUGUCAUUUUGGAAAGAACACGAAAAUAUUUUUCCGCAUUUAGCAAGUAUAGCACGUCGUAUAUUUUCUAUACCAUGUAGCUCAGCUGCUGUUGAAAGACAAUUCUCAGCAGCUGGGCAACUCAUCAAUCAAAGAAGAUUGAUCAUGAGUACCGAGUUAUCAGCACGAGACAAAAUGGUGACCCAGUGGUUUUUUCGUGAUCAGGUUUGUCACGAUGGACAAAUUGCUACACCUGAAGCUGUUCUUUUUUACAUGAGAACUCUAAUGGAUGUAGCCUCGGCCGAUGGAAUACUGACUCAGAAAGAACGUGAAUGGAUUAUGGGUUUUGCUAUUCAAUGUGGUAAAUUAUUUUAUUCUAGUCGUCAGCA